GAUAGCUAAAAGAAUAAGUCCCUGAUAUGCAGCGGUAGAGACAGCUAACGCUACAUCAAUAAUUAUGUUAUGUUUUUUGUUUUGAUAUGAAAUGACAAAAUCAUGGGGGCCAAAGAAUCCAGGAUUGGUUUCCUUUCUUACGACGAGGCGGUUAAAAGAGUCACGGAUGUGGAGCUGAAGCGACUGAGGGAUGCUUUCAGGAGGACCUGUGGCCUGUCUUGCUAUAUGAGUCAGCAAUGCUUCUUCAAGGAAGUGUUGGGGGACAUGGUUCCACUCAAUAUCUCUGAGGUGAUAUAUAGUUCAUUUGGUGGUACAUCAAAAGGCCUGCAUUUUAACAACCUUAUCGUUGGCUUGGUGCUGCUCACAAGAGGACGUGAUGAAGAAAAGGCGAGAUACAUCUUUAGUUUAUUUGCCAGUGAAUCAGGCAGCUAUGCUACACUUGAGGACAUUGAAACCAUGCUACAAGCUGUGGAUGGGGAAGUUCAUCCGUCUCUGAGAAAGUGCUUUGCAGAGGCUGAAAAGGUAAAUUAUGAAAAGUUUAAGAGCUGGCUGCUUCAAAACAAGGAUGCUUUUACCUUCUCCCGCUGGCUGCUGUCCAGUGGGGUGUGUGUGACUCUCACUGAUGACAGUGACACGCCCACCUUCUACCAGACACUGGCUGGGGUCACUCACUUGGAAGAGUCAGAUAUCAUCGACCUUGAAAAACGAUACUGGUUAUUAAAAGCACAGUCAAGAACUGGACGCUUUGACUUGGAGACAUUUGUCCCACUGGUAUCCCCUCCUAUCCACCUAUCUGUCAGUGAAGGUUUGUUUCAUGCAUUUGAUGAAAACAGAGACAAUCACAUAGAUUUCAAAGAGAUUUCCUGUGGGUUGUCGGCCUGCUGUAGAGGACCUCUGGCCGAAAGACAGAAAUUUUGUUUUAAAGUAUUUGAUGUGGACCGUGACGGAGUUCUUUGUCGAGAAGAAAUCCACGAGAUGGUUGUUGCGCUGCUGGAGGUCUGGAGGGACAAUCGUACUGACUCAAUUCCUGAAUUACAGUCAAGUGUGCCUAAUAUUGUUGAAGACAUUCUCAAAGUACAUGACACUACCAAGAACGGUCAUCUGACACUCGAAGACUAUCAGAUAUGGAGCGUUCAGAGUGCACUUGCUGCUGAGUUCCUCAACCUCUUAUUUCAGGUGUGUCAUAUAGUUCUUGGACUGCGGCCUGCCACUCCUGAGGAAGAAGGGCAGAUCAUCAGGGGCUGGUUAGAGAGAGAAAGCCGGCAUGGCCUUCAGCCUGGAGAUUACUGGUUUCUUAUUUCUACACAAUGGUGGCAGCAGUGGAAGGACUAUGUCAAAUAUAACAACAAAGUGAUAGUGGUGGAACAACCCACAGUAUUUCCUAGCAGCAGAACUCCUACCUCACCUGCAGGGAUGGAACAAGGGAGUCAGGGUGAGGGCACAACAAGCUCACACUCUUCUCCAGAAGAAAAGUUCUCUGACAACAUCUCUAGUGCCUCUGAAGCAUCAGAAACGACAAGUGGCAGUCUCCUUCAUUCCAGCUCGACUGCCACAGAUAUCUGCUUCUCUCGACAGACUGAUUCGUCUGAUGUAGACAGCCAGACAUUCCCAGGGGCCGAGGGGAACGUGACAGCCCUCAGGCCAGGCGCCAUAGACAACCAACCACUGGUGACCUCAGAGCCUCUCAAAGCUCCCACAUUAACAAUGGAAGGGGCACUACUGAGACGAUCUCCCAACCUGCACCUGGGCCAAGACUUUGAGGUUGUACCUGAGCCAGUCUGGAGAGCUCUUUACCACUGGUACGGAGCAAACCUCAGCCUGCCCCGGCCAGUGAUUAGGUCGAGGGAAAUGGAGAAAGCAGAAUUAGAACUCUUUCCAAGACACCUGCUCUUCCUGAGGCAGCAGCCUCCCGCACGCACACCACAAUCUAACGGCUGGAUGAACAUGGGUAGCAUGCCAUCACCCACUACCCCUUUAAAGCGAGUGCUGGCAUACACUGGCUGCUUCAGCCGUGUAGGAACGAUAAAGGACAUUCAUGAGUAUCUGUCUCAGAGGCUGCGGAUUAAAGAUGAGGAUAUGAGACUGUGGCUUUACAUGAAUGAGAAUUAUUUGACUCUUCUUGAUGAUGAGGAUCAUUCCCUGGAAGCAUUAAAGAUCCCAGAUGAACAGUACAUGGUUAUUGAAGUUCGCAACAAAGACAUGAGCUGGCCUGAGGAGAUGUCAUUUUUAGCCAACAGCAACAGAAUGAACAGACACAAAGUACCCACUGAGAAAGGGGCCACAGGACUCAGUAACCUCGGCAACACAUGUUUUAUGAAUUCCAGCAUUCAGUGUGUGAGCAACACUAAACCUCUUACAGAAUACUUUACAUCUGGGUCUCACCUUUAUGAACUAAACAGAACGAAUCCUAUUGGUAUGCGAGGACACAUGGCAAAAUGCUACGGUGAUCUCAUCCAGGAAUUGUGGAGUGGUGCUCAAAAAAGCAUUGCUCCACUAAAACUCAGGUGGACCAUAGCAAAGUACGCACCACGUUUUGAUGGCUUCCAGCAGCAAGAUUCUCAAGAACUGCUGGCUUUCCUGCUAGAUGGCCUGCAUGAAGAUCUCAAUCGUGUCCAUGAUAAACCUUAUGUUGAGCUGAAGGACAGUGAUGGCAGACCUGACUGGGAAGUUGCAUCAGAGGCGUGGGAAAAUCAUUUAAGAAGAAAUCGCUCAAUUGUGGUGGACCUGUUCCAUGGUCAGCUUAGGUCUCAGGUCAAGUGUAAAACGUGUGGCCAUGUUAGUGCUCGAUUUGACCCAUUUAACUUUCUCUCACUUCCUCUGCCCAUGGACAACUCCAUGCAUCUUGAGAUCAUAGUUAUAAGGCUCGAUGGCUCAACGCCAGUGAGGUACGGGCUUAGGCUCAACGUGGAUGAGAAAUACUCCGGCUUGAAGAGUCUGCUAAGUGAAUCAUGCCAUCUGAAACCAGAACAAAUCCUCCUGGUGGAGAUCCAUUUGUCUUGUAUUAAGAAUUUUCCAUUAGAUAAUCAGAAAGUGCGACGUGCUGCGAGUGGCUUCCUAUGUGCUUUUGAAAUCCCACUGCCCACUUCACCUUCGCCAGACUCCUCACCAAAAGAAGCAGGCUCUGAGGACCUCCUGACAAUUUCAAAUGGAACCAGCCAAGCAGUCUGCAGUGGCACAUCCCUGAGGCUUGACAUAAUUCCUAAGGGCAUGCCGAAUACUUUGGUACCCUGUAGCACAGAAGGCAGCCCUGCCAACGGCCUCCCUAAUGGCCACAUCAUGUUACACCCUGCCAGCCCUCUCACUGGGUACAUCAUCGCCAUCCACCGGAAAAUGAUGCGAGCCGAGUUAUACUUCUUGUCAUCUCAGAAAAACCGACCCAGUCUGUUUGGGAUGCCACUAAUUGUUCCCUGCACAGCAGACACACGUGGUCGUGACUUGUACAACACAGUGUGGACACAGGUGUCCCGAUUAGCAAGUCCCCUACCCCCUCAAGAGUCAAGCAACCAUGCACAAGACUGCGAUGACAGUCUAGGCUACCACUACCCCUUUACCCUGCGUGUUGUGCAAGGAGAUGGAAACUCUUGUGCCAGGUGUCCAUGGUACAAGUUCUGCAGAGGGUGUAUCAUAGAGUGCAAUGAUGACAGAGCUAUAGUAGGCAAUGCUUGUAUAGCUGUUGAUUGGGACCCAACUGCAUUACACCUUCGCUAUCAGACAUCCCAAGAGAGGCUGGUGGAGGAACAUGUAAGUGUGGAUCGGAGUCGGCGUGCUCAGGCUGAGCCAAUCAGUCUGGACAGCUGCCUUAGAGCCUUCACCACGGAAGAGGAGCUGGGUGAAAAUGAGCUUUACUACUGCUCCAAGUGCAAGACUCAUCGAAUAGCCACCAAGAAACUGGACAUCUGGAGACUUCCACCUAUUCUGAUUGUGCAUUUGAAGCGUUUCCAGUUUGUCAACAAUCGCUGGAUCAAGUCUCAGAAGAUUGUGCGGUUUCCCAGGGAUAACUUUGACCCAAGAGCAUUUUUGACCCCACGGGAUGUAGACCAGAGGAGAGGUGGUUUGGCAGAGGAGUUGUCCGAACAGGAGCAGGGAACAGUUUCUAGAGAUUCACCCUCAACUCCCACAUCACUCAACGUUAAUAAUGUUAAAGAUUUUCUGAGCUCUGGAAGGUUGUUGUCAUCCUCCCUCAGUCGAGGCUGCAGCCCCAUCAGCAGCCCUAAAAGUGACUUUAUCAAGCAGGGGCAAAAGAGAUCACCCCAGCAGGAUUUAGGUUUGCAGCUGUCUUUCAGCAGAGAGAGCCUGGACAGUGGCAGAGAAAGUCCAGUGGAACUGGAGCACAGUAAGCCUGAAAACCGGAACGAAAAUGAAGCUACAGGUCUGGACUCGGCACUCGGGGAUGAGCCAAUCAGAGACUGUGACAAUGCUACGUCAGUUUCAGAACUGGAAAGCAAUGGUUGCACUGAGGACAGCAUAGACCUGGAGGCCUCACAGGAUCAGAGGGACAAGAUCUGUCUGGAGCCUAUCUAUGACCUGUAUGCAAUAUCAUGUCACUCAGGGAUACUUGGAGGAGGUCAUUAUGUCACGUAUGCCAAAAACCCCAAUGAUAAAUGGUACUGUUACAACGACAGCAGCUGCAAGGAGGUGAAUCCAGAGGAGAUCGACACUGAUUCAGCGUACAUCCUUUUUUACGAGCAACAGGGAGUGGAUUACUCUCUGUUCAUGCCAAAGACCGACGGGAAAAAGAUGGCUGACACUAGCAGCAUGGACGAGGAUUUUGAAACGGACUACAAGAAGUACUGUGUUCUUCAGUGAUGCCUGCGCUCUCAUCCGUAUUUGAGAAACACUCACAAUGAUCCACUCUCUCAGAUUGAGAACUUUUUUUUCUCCUUUUUUCCUUCCUUUGACUUUUCGCCAAACCGUGGUACUGUAGUACAAGUUCUUUUUGGCUUGCACUGUCUGACAAAAUUAAGAAAAUGUCUCCUCUUGGCAUAUUGUCUCGCUUACUGUUUUUAAAUUUGUGUCAAAUUGUAAUUUUUUUUUUCUUUUUUCUUUUUAGUGAACAGAAUUGUUUAGUAAGUGCCGGUCACAUACUGUAUGAUACAUGCGUGACAAGGAUAUAACGUCAUUUACAUUAGUGUGCAGUUGGUACUAGUCUAUUUAUUGUUAAAAUUUUAACAGCAUCAUGGUAUUGUUUAAUUAUGAUUUAUAUUUUUAAAGAAAAAUCUUUAGUGUCGUCCUGUUCUUUUUAUUUUAUGUAAUUUUGUUCAUUGUCAGUUUCUUUUAAAGAAUGAUUUGAUGGUUCUAGAAAUCGUAUUUUAUUUUAAGUUGAUAAUAAUAUAUGCACUUUUUUUAUAUAUGUUUAACUUCUGCGAUGUUGCACAUAUUGAAUGUCAUUCCACGCUUGUUUACAAUGUGUCAUUGUAGCAUAUGAUAAAACCAUUAUGAUUUUCUGUGACUCUAACUGUUUUCUCUGUGCCAACCCGAUUCGGUCAGCAUCGUUCAUAUAGUACAGUGUGCCGUUGUGUUGUCAAUGUUGUCUUUGCUCAGGAUAACAAACUUGUAAAUUGUUAGCAUGCCACAGAGGAAGCGUCUGAGCACUUUAUUUAUUUGUAGCUUACAAAAAAAAAAAAAAGGAAAACUUGGACACUUCCACUUGUCAACUGUUUAUUGCUAAAUAUGAAGCAUUUUACAUUGUGGACCUCUGUGCUCUAAUACUCUUUCUGCAGAGAAAUCUGAGAUCAGUGAGUUAAACAAGUACAGAUAUUAGUAUUGUUUUGUUUUUAUUACAUUGUGCCACUAUUUGACAUAUUUAACAUAAAGACGUUGGAUUAGAAAAGCUUGUUGAAAUAGUAUUAAAUAUAACCCAAAUGUUGAACCCUA